UUUUCUAGUCUGACAAAGGUUUCUUCCGCUCGACCAUCUAUCAUGCAACAGCGAGAUGGCUUAGCUAUUAUAUUUUACCCAACAGCUCCUUCGAGGAAAUUACUUCAAUUUCAUACUUGGAUAACAGAGUAUGAGUUAAAAUAUCAUCACUCACUCACAGAAAACAUUUCUACAACAUCUAUUGCAUCAAUUUCACCUCCUCAGAAAACUCAGGAGGAAAGAAUACUGGGUAAAGAUGGUUUUAGUAAGAUUCCUCAUGAGCUUAUGAUGAUUAUUAUGGAUAAUUUGGAAGCUACCGACAUUCUUUCUUUAUCUAUGGUGAAUAAAAAGCUUAGGGCUCAUACUCAAGAUAAUUAUCUAUGGCGUCAAAUUCUCUUUCGAAAUUAUGGAGAGUCCGCUAUAAAGGAUGAGCCAAAGCACACAUGUCGCAAAUUAAUGUGGAAAAGGACAAAACGUAGUAAGCAACCACAAGUAGAGCCCAAUUGGCAGAAGGUCUUCAUGAGAUUGUCAACUGUUAAGGUUUCAACGAAAACUGCAAUUUCGCGAGGCAAACCUGGCGCUUAUUAUCGAUAUAGAUAUUUCGAUCACAAAGCGAACGAUUUUAGUCGUUACGGUAAUAGAAUAAGACAGAGACAGCGUUCGUAUGAGAUUGAAAUGACUAUAAGUAAUGUUCCACCUGGUGUCUACGACAUAAUAUGGCGAAUGAGGAUUGAUAAGUUCUCGUGUAGACCAACCUUGACUUUUUCUACAGAUAUUUGGUUGCGU